CUCUCCCUGCGCCGCUAGGUCAAUUGGCAGCGCUUAAACAAACUACGAAAAACACACAUACAAAUUACUGACACAACGAAAACCAAACACCAUGAUCUAAAACACAAAACAAGAAUCAAUGAUAGAAAAAUGCUGUCAAGAACUACCAAUAUUAUUCAGCACAAGCGCACGUUAGCCUCUUCCAGUUAUCGUGUCACAGGAUCGCCAUGUUCAGGAUUUUGACAUUCCGAAAUCUUCGGAGAGCUGCCCAGUGUAUUGUUUCGAAGCAGAGGAGUUUCCAUUCAGAAAUAAGGAAUUAUGGAGCUGUAGUUACGGUUGGGUUACGUGCGUCCCAGUACAGAUUUUAUGGGUUUCGUAGGGGAGGGCACUCCGUGUAUAAUACCGAAGAGCUUUUUUGUAGGAGUUGCAUUGCCAGGAAUUUAUCAGUUGCCUCUGCAAGUAGUACUGUGACCCAUCGAGCACUAACUGCUUGGAGAAAGCUUUUACAUGAAGGUUCUGGUGAACAGAUUUUUCCCUGUAUAAGUAGGAUCGUCCAAGCAGUCAGCUUGGCUUUGACACGUUCACCCCUUGUUGUACCUGGUAUAUUUGCCUUCACAUCUGGUCAGCUAGCAUGGGCACAGAGAGUGUCUCCGGAGACCGAGCAUUACCCUUCGGAAAAUGCUUUGUACAUGCGUGCACAAGAUGGGCAUGCAUUUGUCACCUCAUUUCUAUAUUCAGCCGUAGAAGGUGUUAUUCUGCUUGUGAGGACCUUCUAUCUUAUGAUAUUAUUCUCACCCAGCAUAAUGAUGGCACCUUUCGCUGAUUGUUUGGGACCCCAGUUUAGGCAAUGGUGGCUUCAUGUUGUUCUUAAAACCCUGGAAAAAGCAGGUCCAGCAUUCAUUAAAUGGGGUCAAUGGGCAGCUACACGGCCAGAUCUCUUUCCUAGAGAUUUAUGCAACAAGCUUUCAGAGCUUCAUACAAAAGCUCCUGAGCAUAGCUUUGCGUAUUCUAAAAAGACUAUUGAAAAAGCAUUUGGUCGAAAGCUUUCUGAAAUUUUUGAUAGUUUUGAAGAGGCACCUGUAGCAUCUGGUAGUAUAGCUCAAGUCCAUCGGGCUUCUUUGAGAUUUCGGUACCCUGGUCAAAAGGUGAAGCCUAUAGUAGUUGCUGUAAAGGUUAGACAUCCUGGUGUUGGUGAAUCAAUUAGGAGAGAUUUUGUAAUAAUUAACUUGGCAGCCAAGAUAUCCACAUUCAUUCCUGCUGUGAAGUGGCUAAGGUUGGAUGAGAGUGUUCAGCAAUUUGCAGUUUUCAUGAUGUCUCAAGUUGACCUUGCCAGGGAAGCUGCCCAUUUGAGCCGCUUUAUUUAUAAUUUCCGAAGAUGGAAGGAUGUUUCUUUUCCUAGGCCAGUGUAUCCCCUUGUGCAUCCUGCUGUUCUGGUGGAAAGCUAUGAGCAAGGGGAAAGUGUCUCACACUAUGUUGAUGAACUUGAGGGACAUACUAGGAUUAAAACUGCGCUUGCUCACAUCGGGACUCAUGCACUUUUGAAGAUGCUCCUGGUGGACAAUUUUAUUCAUGCUGACAUGCAUCCUGGAAAUAUUCUUGUACGGGUGGCUCAAAGCAACUCUUCUAAGAAACGGCUCUUUAGAUCAAAGCCUCAUCUCAUUUUCCUUGAUGUAGGCAUGACUGCUGAACUUUCUAAGAGUGAUCGAGUAAAUUUAUUGGAAUUUUUUAAGGCUGUUGCACGCCGAGAUGGCCGCACUGCUGCAGAGCGCACGCUCAAAUUGUCAAAGCAACAGAACUGCCCAGAUCCAAAAGCUUUUAUUGAGGAAGUGGAAGAGGCUUUUGCUUUCUGGGGUACUCCAGAAGGUGAUUUAGUCCACCCUGCUGAGUGCAUGCAACAAUUACUCGAAAAAGUUCGGCGCCAUAGAGUGAAUAUUGAUGGAAAUGUGUGCACUGUGAUGGUCACAACUUUGGUUCUUGAGGGUUGGCAGCGGAAGCUUGAUCCUGGGUAUAAUGUAAUGGACACAUUACAAACUUUGCUACUGAAAGCUGAUUGGGCAAAGUCUCUUUCUUACACAAUCGAUGGACUGAUGGCCCCAUAAGAUCGUUUUUGUCUGUUGCUUGUCCACUGAAACAAUUUUGAUAGUGCUAAGACAUUAUAGUAUACCAGUCCCAGGAAAUGAGACAAGUGUCUUAGUAUUUUUUUUUUUUUUUUU